UCGAUCACCCCUUCUUUAAUAAAUCCAAUACCUAUGUUCUGUGUAUAUCAUUUGAAUUCUUCAAAUUAAUAUGAUUUCAAUAUUAAUUAAGUUUCUUAAGCUGGCCAUGGCCUGUCUUUGUAUUUUCAACUCCUACGUUUCCUUCCCUAUAUAUAUAUUUGUUCAUCUUGAUCAUAUAUCUCAUAGCAUUAGCAUUAAUUUAGAAUCAUGGCUAUGAAUACCUCAUCAAAGGCUCAAAUCAUUUUCAUCACCCUCAUUUCCUACCUUAUUUUUGCUCAAAAUGUAAACUCAGCUUCAUUCACCAUCUCUGAUUUUGAUUCAUACCAAAACAUCAUUCAACUCGAAGGCAAUGCCUUCAUUUCAAGCGGCUCUGUCCACCUCACAGGUCUCGCCCCAAACAGCACUGGAAGAGCCUCUUACACGGGACCAGUGCGUCUCUGGAACGCAGAUAAUGGCAACCUUGCAUCCUUCACUUCAGUCUUUUCUUUCGUUGUUGCACCAAACGGUCCCGGACUCUUUGGAGACGGGAUCGGGUUCUUCAUCGCACCGUUCAAUUCCCACAUUCCAAAUAAUUCAAGUGGUGGAUUCCUUGGACUAUUCGACUCCGAAACCGCUUUGAAUUCAUACCAAAAUCAAAUCGUGGCUGUUGAAUUUGAUUCCUUUGGUGAGAAUCCUUGGGAUCCUGAUUACUCUCAUGUUGGCAUUGAUGUGAAUUCUAUUGCUUCCGUAACAACAGCACCGUGGAAUAUUAGAAGUGUUCCCAAUGGUUAUACUGGAUUUGCUGUUGUAAAGUAUGAACCUGUGACGAAAAAUUUAAGUGUUGUUGUAACAUACCCCGGAAGCUAUGGUGUGACUGAAGUUUCAAGUAAAGUGUCUUUUUUGAUUGAUUUGAGGACUGUGUUACCUGAAUGGGUUAGAAUUGGAUUCUCUGGUGCCACUGGACAGUUAGUUGAAUUGCACAAGAUUCUUUCUUGGAGUUUUAUGUCAAGCUUCUACUAAUAUGGCUGGCUAUAAGGGAACAAGACUUCUGUGUUUCAUGUUUCUGAUUUGAUGAUUUGU